AUGGAGCCUUCCAAGCACACGUCGGCUAUUCCGCACUCUCUUAGCCGAGACACCGUCCCCGAAGAAGCGACGCCCGGUAACGAACUCUCCGCGCGAGGGAUUGUCAACGGAGAGAAAGACAACCUUUCGUCAUCAAUAGAACCACAGGCCGCCGCCAAUGCCCAUCAUGCACCGCCGCCACCUCCAAAUGGAGGGUAUGGUUGGGUUUGCACGGCGUGCGUGGCUCUUGUCAAUGGACAUACUUGGGGUCUGAAUUCCAGUUAUGGUGUCUUUCUCGCCCAUUAUCUCGCAAACGAUACGUUUCCCGGGGCCACCCCUCUCCAGUAUGCCUUUGUGGGCUCAUUGAGCAUUAGCUGCGCGCUUCUGGUUUCACCAGCCGCAACAAUUUGUGUGAGAGAAUUUGGAACUAAGCCAACCAUGUUUGCCGGCGUUAUCAUGGAAGCAGCAAGCCUCAUCUGUGCCAGUUUUGCGGACAAAAUUUGGCAUCUUUUUUUGACCCAAGGCGUUCUCUUUGGUCUUGGGAUGGGCUUCUUGUUUACGCCCUCUGUUGGAAUUGUGCCACAGUGGUUUACGACGAAGCGAUCUCUGGCGAAUGGGUUCUCCGCCUGCGGUUCUGGUCUCGGCGGUCUAUUGUACUCGUUCGCGGCUGGCGCUAUGAUCCGAAACAUGGGUUUGGAUUGGGCGUUUAGGAUUUUGGGAAUACUGGCCUUUGUCGUGAACACCGCCUGCAUCCUGCUCAUCAAAGACCGAAACAAGAUCAUUGGCUCCAGCCAGCUGGCUUUUGAUACGACGCUUCUCAAGCGGCCAGAAUUCUUGUUGCUGCUCGGAUUUGGUUGGUUUAGUAUGCUUGGAUACGUGGUGCUUAUCUUCAGUCUGGCCAACUAUGCCAACGAAAUCGGGCUUGGGAGCUCAGAGGCUGCACUCAUUAGUGCUUUUUUCAACCUGGGGCAAGGAGUUGGCCGCCCAUUUGUUGGGUACUUUAGUGAUCGCACCGGCCGCAUCAACAUGUCUGGACUUAUGACAUUUUUGGCCGGUGUUUUUGCCCUGGUAAUCUGGGUAAACGCCAAAGUGUAUGGUGUGUUGAUCUUUUUUGCCAUUAUUUGCGGUGCUGUUGCUGGCACAUUCUGGACGACCAUUGGCCCAGUCACAGCCGAAGUUGUUGGCUUGAGAAACGUCCCGUCAGGAUUGUGCCUCACAUGGCUAAGCAUUGCCAUGCCGUGUCUUUUCAGCGAGCCCAUCGCCCUUCAGAUCGUUCAGGGUACCGGAAGCUAUCUAGGUACGCAGUUAUUCACUGGGUUGAUGUAUAUUGCUGCGGCAGGUUGUCUUAUUGCUGUUAGAGGUUGGAAAGUGGGUGAGGUGGACGAAAUCGCAAGAAUGCUCAACGAAUCUCCGGAUAACAUCGACAGGGUCAAGGUUGAGAACAAUGAGGAAUUGAGCCGAGCCGGUAGAGUUGCAGGGAGGAAGAGGAUGGUGACCGACUGCUGCCGAUUAGAAAAGGUUUGA